AUGCAGCAGAACCCGCUGGACGUCGAGAGGUACCCGGUUGCGCCGGACGGGCUCGAGCUGGAGCAGGUGAAUGUGUAUGUGCGGCAUGGCGAGCGCACGCCCGUCAAAGUGCGCAUGAACGAGCCGCCGGCGUCGAUCCCGGAGAACUGGGCGAUGUGCCAGCAGGCGACGCGGUUCUUCGACGCGGCGGGUGACCUCCUCAACAACGGCAAGGGCGGGGGCGCACAGGGGCCGUUCCGGCGCGCAGUGGAGACGUCGGAUGGGAGGGUUGUGGAUGGGCUUUGUUUGCUUGGGGAGUUAACGGAUACGGGGAGGAUGUCGACGCUGAACUACGGCUUGGCGUUGCGGAAGCUGUACAUUGACAAACUUGGGCUCCUGCCGAACGUUCUUGGCCAAGAACAGGACGUGUACUUCCGCUCGACGAAUGUUCCACGAACGAUUGAAUCGCUGGAGUACAUCAUGCAUGGCCUCUACCCACUCAACUUGCGCAAAGCCGGUGUUGCUCCCUCGCUGCUUGUCCGGAACCGUGUGGACGAGAACCUGGUCAGCAACACGAUGGCGUGUCCACGGCUCGCCGCUCUCGAGCUGCAGUUUGCGGAAGCUGCUGCCACGCUGUGGAAUCCCAAGCUAGCCUCGCUGAACGACAAGGUCUCCAAGUACAUCGACGGAAAACCUGUAAAGGUCAAUGGAAGCCCGAGAGCGUCUGGUCUCCUGGAUACCAUCCGCGCUGCUGCUGCUCAUGAUAUCGAAUUGCCUUCAGAGUUCCGGGACGAUGAGCUUAUGCGUCCGCUUGAAGAUGCUGUUGUAGACGAGUGGUUCAGAGUUACCACAGAAGAGGCCCGGAAACUAGCCAUGGGCCCUCUGCUUACCGAACUCUCUCGGAAGAUGCAAGAUAUGGUAGUCGCCCCCGAGGACGCACCGAAGCUGCUCGUCCACAGCACGCACGACUCCGGUAUAGCCGCACUGCUGAAUACCCUUGACGUAUAUGAUCAACGAUGGCCGCUGUUCACUGCUCACAUCACGUUUGAGCUCUUCAAGAAAGCCGCGCCGGUCGAGAAGCCCGGUGUGCUCCAGACCGUGAUGAACUUUUGGAAAGCCAAGGCUCUAGACGAUGAACAUUAUGUCCGCCUGCGCUACGACAACAAGAACCUCGCGAUGCCGUUCUGCGCCGGCGAGGGCGAGCACCUGCCCGGCGCCCCGGAGUUCUGCACGCUGUCUGCGUUCCAGAAGCGCGUGCGGGAGCUUAUGCCGGGGGACUGGAAGGCGGAGUGCGUUAAUGCUACUGCACGGACGUAG